AUGAAACAUUUUCAGCAACAUCAAAUUUUAUUUCAUACAGAUUUUCAAUUAUUACUUAUUCGUUAUGGUAUGAUAGCAUUAGAAGAUCUUAUGGUUUUAUUAAUUGUUAGUAAAUUAGCUAAACCUAAUGAAAUUAAAUCUUAUGCCAAAACAAUAUUCUGUCUUAAUGUAAAUAAAUUUAUGGAAAUUUCUAAACCACAAGAAAAUGCCUGCGUAAAAAAACAUCAUGUACAAAAUAAUUUAGAAAAAAAAUUAUGUAUAACAGCAACUGAUCUUUCUCAAUUACUUAAUCAUGUUCAUAAACUUGAUCGUCUCAAACGUAUCAUUGAUAUGAUGACAAUAAUGAAAAACUAUAUACAUUUACAUCCAAUAAAUACAUUCAAUGCACUCAAACCAUUAAAAUUAGAAUUCGAUUUUAAUAAUUAUGAUAUGAAAUUUUUACGCGAUUUAAAACUUUUAAAAAUAAUUGAUGAAGAACAAGAACAAGAAGAUCCAAAUCAACAUAAAUUUCAUUUGGCAAUAGAUGAAGAUCUUGAUUUAGAUGCAUAUAAUGAAUUAUUCAAAACUAAAGAAUUACAAUCAAACAUCAGUGAACAACAUAAACAAGAUUAUCUUGAAAUAGACAAACUUUAUAUUGAUGAUCAAUCAAUGAAAACUUCGGAAGAAAUACAACAAAUAAUUGAACAAUCAUCUUGUGAAAAACGUUUAUUACAAAUUAGAACAUUAUCUCAAACAUUGAAAAAAGUUCAAAUAAGAAUCAUAGGUGAUUCAACAAAAAAAUUUUCAUUUCUUACUCAUUUAAAUAUUUCAAACUUACAAAAUCUUUUUCAACAACAAAUUAAUCAAAUAGAAAAUGUUUUAAACGAUCAAAAACAUCAUCAAGAACUAAUUAAAUCUGCACAUAAACAAAUAACUAAUGAAAUAAAUAUAGAUUCCGAAAAACAAGAAAUAUUUUAUAAUUUAAAUAGUCAAUUCCAUAAAUACAAAAAUGAUUUUAAUCAAAUUCAAAAACAUGAUUAUUUUGAAAUCCAAGCGAUAUUUCAAACACAUCUUGAAUUAGCUAUUCGAACACUUGAUAUAGAUUUACAACUAAUAGGGCAAAUUUUUAAUGGUAGAACAUUAAGAGAUAUUAUUCCUAAUAAAUCAUCUAUUAUAAUAAUAACAUCUUUGCAAUCUAUGACACCAAUUGAAUUACAAAUUAGUAAAGAUAUAACAUUGAUUCGUGACAAUUUAUCAAUAAUAGCUAUGAAUAUGAAAAAUUGUCAAACAAUAAUUCAUGAAAAGAAAAUAUCUCAAGAUUUACUAAGAAUAGAUAUUAAUGAUCGUCUUCAAAUUAUUAAAAAUGAAUAUUUAGAACAGAAAAUAAACGAAAAAAAUCUACAAUCGAUAAAAAUGACUUUGAACAAAUUUGUUGCAUUUGAUCAACAACAAAUAGAAUUUAUUAAUAAAUUAGAAGAUAUUUAUAAUAUGUUAAAUAAAGAGUCAAAUAAAAUUCAGAAGAAUUUAUUAAAUAUUACAACUGCUCGUUAUCAUUCUAAUCAUCCAAAUUUUUUAUUAAAUGCUAAAUUAAAAUAUCUUCCAGUUGAUAAUUCAGGAAAUUUAAUAGAACAACCUUUAUGUCUUGUUGAUGAACAUAAUAUGCCUAUUUCAGAUGAACUUAAUCCUAUUAGAUUACCAUUUGAAUCAGAUCAUUUUCAUAUAUCAAAUGAUAAACAUGAAUUAAUAAUUGUUGAUAAAAAUGAAAUAUCAUUAUCUGAACCAAUCACUUGUAAACAAUUAACAUUGGAAUCGAUUGAAUUUGAAUAUAUUGAUGAUUAUCGAAAAACUAUUCAAAUUAUUGAAAUAUCAUCACAUCAUUCAAUAAAUAAAUCUAUUAGUCUUAAUGUAAAAUCGAUUUCCUUUGAUAAAUUACCAGCAAGUAAGUCCUCAUUCUAA